AUGGGCGGUAAGGAGGAGAAUGAAUACAAAGGCGAGGAGCAGGGGACGAACCCUGAGUUUAAUCUCGCGCGCGGGAAUCAUCAGUUAGAACGCGGCCUCCAGAGUCGACACAUCCAAUUCCUCGCCCUAGGCGGAGCAAUCGGAACCGGCCUCUUCGUCGGCUCCGGCAGCAUCCUCUCAGACAGCGGCCCCGCGCCCCUCUUCCUAGGCUACCUCUCCAUGAUAUUCGUCGUCUGGACCAUCAUGAACGACCUCGCCGAGAUGGUGACCUACCUCCCCAUGAAAGGCAUCUCGGUCCCCUACUUCGUGGCCCGCUUCGUUGAGCCCUCGCUCGCGUUCGCCGCUGGCUGGAAUUACUGGUACGCGUACGCCAUGCUGGUCGCGGCCGAGACCAGCGCUGCUGCUAUUGUCCUCGAUUACUGGAACGCGCCUGUUAAUGUCGCGGUCUGGAUUACGAUGGUGUUGGUCAUUAUCCUCUUGUUGAAUGUGAUCGCGGUGUCCUUCUUUGGGGAAGCGGAGUUUUGGUUUGCGAGUAUUAAGCUCCUUACCAUUCUGGGGCUGAUCAUCCUGGGCGUGGUGCUGUUCUUUGGAGGCGGUCCGACGCACGAUAGGUUGGGGUUUAGGUAUUGGGAGCAUCCGGGGGCAUUCAAGGAGUAUCAGACGUCUGGGGCGACGGGACGAUUUUUGGCGUACUGGCAUGCGUUUGUGAAGGCUGGGUUUGCGUUUAUUACGUCGCCGGAACUGAUUGCUAUUGCAGCGGGCGAGACGGUUGAUCCGAGACGCAAUAUUCCGAAGGCUGCGAAACGGUUUGUUUGGAGGUUGGCGAUCUUUUAUGGUUUCUCGUCGUUGAUUAUUGGUGUCAUUGUUCCCUCGAAUGAUAAAGGGUUACUCGGAGCAUCGAACGCAAGCGCGAGUCCUUUCGUCCUUGGUAUUCAACGAGCUGGCAUCCACGGCUUCAACCACGCCAUCAACGCAGCGAUCCUGACGUCCGCGUGGUCGGCGGGGAACUCCUUCCUCUACUCCGGCUCUCGAGUCCUGUACUCCAUGUCCCUAUCCAACCAAGCCCCCAAAUUCUUCAGCACAACGAAUUCUCGCGGCGUCCCCUACGUCGCCAUCCUGUUUACCUGGGCCUUUGCCCUCCUCGCUUACCUCAACGUCUCGAACACAGGUGCGACUGUCUUUAACUGGUUCGUCAACAUCUCUACGAUUAGCGGAUUCAUCGCCUGGAUCGUGGUCAUGAUCACCUACCUCCGCUUCCGCGCCGCGUUCGAAUAUAACGGGCUCCUGCACACUUUACCAUACCGGACCCCAUUCCAGCCCUACGCUACCUACAUUACUCUUUUCAUCAUCUCUAUCCUUACUUUGACGAACGGAUUUCAGGUCUUCUGGCCGGAUAAAUUUAAUGUUUCGGAUUUCUUGGCGGCGUAUAUCACGCUGCCCAUCUUCUUGGUGCUGUAUCUGGGGCACAAGGUGUGGUGUAGGACGCCGUGGGCGAUUCGGGUCGAGGAUGUGGAUGUGUUGACCGGGAAGAAGGAGAUGGAUGAGUUGGCUGAGAUGGAGGUGGAGAGGGUGCCAAGGAAUUGGGUGCAGAGGGUUUGGUUUUGGGUUGCUUGA